AUGACACUGGUUGGAAAAUUUUUGGGUCCCAGGCCAAAUAUUGAUAUUGUCAGGGCUUUUGCUAAACACAAAUGGUCUCUUAAAGGUCAAGUGGAGAUCACAACUAUGUCAAAAGGGGCAUUGUCAUUGGCCUUCUCCUACAAGGAAGAUAUGUCAAGAGUGCUUUGUGAUGGUCCCUGGCUGAUCGGUAAGGCAAUGCUAGCUCUGGAAAAAUGGGUGCAUAAGAUGGAACUUAAUGGAUCAUUUUUUGUCCAGGCUCCUGUCUGGGUUAGACUGUUGGGCCUUCCCUUAGAAUUUUGGGUGGAAGAUGUGUUUAAAGGUGUUGCUAGUUCUUUUGGUAAACUCCUCUCAAUGGACCCCAUAACUAUGGCCAGAAGAAGAUUUACUUAUUCCAGGAUCUGCAUUGGAGUUACGCAAGACACAAAUAUGCUUUUAUCCAUUGAAAUCAACUCUAGAUUGGGAAAAUGGAACCAACCUUUGGAAUAUGGAAGUGUCCCUUUUGCUUUCUUUCAUUGCAAAAAAGCGAGACAUACAACAAGGAAAUGCCCUCUUCAGGUGGCCAAAGAGAAAGAAAAGAAAGAGAGGACACUACAAUGGAAAGCAAAAAACCCCAUUAAGCAACCAAAGAGCUCUGAAAAAGAGAACAAAAUUGAAGAGGCCCAAAGUGUCAUCCCUGACACGAUAGAGAAACAAUUAGAUGUUAAUGGGGAAAACCCAGAACUACCUUUGAAUGAUAAAGGUAAAAUGGAUCAAACAGGUAAAGAUGAUAGAGAACAACAAGAUACCAAUUAG